AUGGACCAGCAAGUCAGCCGCUUGGUCGACAAGGCAUGGGAUAGGCUUCAGACCUUACCGCAAAGCAAGAGAUACCUCAUCGCCGUCAGCGGCAUCCCCGGCUCUGGAAAGACCACACUAGCAGCCAAAGUCGCCGACCAGCUGAACGAACGAUGGCGAGGCGAAUCAGCAGCCCGCACACCGCAAGAAACGAUCGCGACCAUUCUCCCCAUGGACGGCUACCACCUCACGCGAGCCCAACUCUCAGCCAUGCCUGACCCGCACACCGCGCACGCUCGUCGGGGAGCAGCCUUCACCUUCGAUGCGCCGGCGUUUCUGUCUCUCGUCAAGAAGCUCCGCGAGCCCGUUUGCCCGGAGACAGUUACAAUCCUCGCCCCAUCCUUCGAUCACGCCGUGAAAGAUCCCGUCGCAGACGACAUACCCAUCCGCCAGAGCGCGAGAAUAGUGGUCAUGGAAGGCAACUACCUCUCCCUAGGCAGCGGAUCGCCAGAGUGGAAAGAGGCCGCUGAGCUGAUGGAUGAGCUGUGGUUCGUGGAGGUUGCGCGCGAGACGGCGAGGCAGCGGUUGAUUAAGAGACAUGUUGAGAGUGGGAUUGCGAGGGAUGAGGAAGACGCGGCGAAGAGGGCGGAUGAGAACGAUUUGGUUAAUGGGGAUGAAAUUGUGGCUGGGAGGUUGGAGGUGCAUGAGGUUAUCACGUCGAACGAGCAUAAGGCGUGGACGCCGGAGCAGCAGGGGGUUGAGAAGGAGAGGCGUGGGUCUGAAGAGGAGAGGAGGAGGAGUAGUAUGAAGGAGGUUAUGUAA